AUGGAAGCCCCCUUGAACCACGCGAACUUCAAUCUCAACAUUGGCGGCAUAGUAGCUUUCUUGGGAGGAGAGGAGGCGAUCUCAGCCAUGGAAAGCAUGCAUUUCUACAGAUAUCGGAAAUGGUUAGGCUGGUACAAUUCGCCUGGCGCCUAUAUCAUUGCCAAGCACUAUGGCAGACUCGCACGAUCCCAGAUUUGGGAUGGAAUUUACCCCGGACCAAACGACGAACCCGCCAAACUUCUGGGAUUGGAUGGGGAGCAUGGACCGCCAUACAGAGGCAUCGUUUCUGGAACGAUAUUAAGCGACACUGGACACGUUGGGCACGUGUUUGCUCAACAUUGCGAGAAUUUGGAAACAAACUUGUCUCAAUAUUCGUUGAAUGCGGCCUUCAUCAAGCCUGCUCAACAGACAACAAACGCUGUUGGUACAAAACCACGACACCCGACGAAAGCAGUGAAUGUCAUCGUCGUGGAUCUCGAAGAGACAACAAGCAGCGAAGGAGCGGAAGAACCAGGUCAGAUCCCAGUCAAAUUAGGCGAUACAAAGUCACCGCUUUGGCCUGUAGCGAUCGCUUCAGUACCAAUUUCACUCAACAUCGCUUGUUGCAUCAUUUGUGGGUUGUAUGAAGAAUGGUUCGCUUUCGGCGUCAUACUCUAUGGUAUACUCUGCAAUGGAAUAGCAAGCUAUUUCAUUGGGUCAGCCAAGAUAUACCUCAAACACACUAUCCCUUCGCAACAUUCGCCCCCUGGGAACGGAAUCUUGGAAUACAAGUCCGAUACCCUUAUCGUUUGCAGAGGCUCGGAGAAAGUGAUCAACUAUGUUGUCAAAGGUAGAUUCAUUGUUCGGUACGGCCACGAGGAAGACAAGGAGGCGACGAGAUAUCACCAGAUCGGUUUCAGCGCGAUGUUGUUGACGACGCAAGCCAUCGCCCAACUAUUCCUCAUUCCCAUCAGCGGUCUUUUCGGGCAAAUCAUGUUCCUUUCGACCCUCGCGAUCUCGUGGAUUUACAAUGCGUUUCUUUCUUCCAUCGACAAGGAGCGGCUUCAGCAACAACUCUUGACACAAUACCUUCCCUUCAAAAACAAUGCGUGUACUGGAACGAAGGUGCAACUCCCCACUAGGACCUCCGCAGUAGUGUUUGCGCUGCUCUGUGGGCUUCCGGAUCUUCAAGGGGAUCCUCAAGCAAAUGCGGAGUGUGCGACAGAAAUUAUGAGCAACUUGCUUCCCAAAGGCACGGAAGUAUGGCGUCGGUGGCAGGCAGAAGUUGCUAAAAGAAUUCGCGAAUUAUCCUCGACGGAGCAUUCCACAUCGCUCCCCCCCGCCGAUGGACCAUUUCGUUUCGCGGAGUAUGAUGACAAGGGGCUGAAGGAGACGGACAAAAAUUUGUUAAAAGUCUUGAUUGAUGAUGCACGGGGCGGUUAUGAGUCCUAUUAUGAGUUUCUCAGGCCAAAGCCGAACGCGCAAUCUGGCUUGGGAGGCUCUCCCGCUUAA